AUUUUCAAAGGCCCCUUCUUCAUCGUCUUCUUCAUGUCCAGCCCACUACUCGCAGAGGUCGCAUAGUCCCCCAUUUUCAACUCCAUCGAACCAACCUCGACGUUGGAGACUCAGUGUGACGGAAAUUAGGGACAAAUAGGGUUUCUCAACGAUGCUUCAUGGCUGACAUUUGCAGAAACGUGCUGUGUUUUUGGCCAAUUUUCAUUCCAUUUUAAUUCACCCAACCAUUUCCCUCGCACAAAACCCUAGGGCACACCAAGCUGAGGGAAUCAACUCUCCGGGUUCUCCAAUAAUAGCCCUACUACCUUCCAAUUUCAUCACUCUCUUCGAAAUUCAGGUAAUGAUGCAGGAAUGCAUGGAUGCUGCUGAAGCGCUGGUUUCAUAGUAAAUGCUGAGGUUGAUUCCAUGGGAGGAGUUGUUGACGGUGGAGUUGGAAUUGGUUUAAAUACCUCUCCACGCAGAGCAGCAAUUGAGAAGGCUCAAGCGGAGCUUAGACAAGAGUAUGAUGUUCGUGAGGAAAGGAGGAGGGAACUUGAAUUUCUUGAGAAAGGUGGAAAUCCUUUGGACUUUAAGUUUGGGAAUACCACUUCUGCUAGUCAUUCUGCUUCACUUGCUGAUCACCUUCCUGACCAGCUCGGUAAUAGUGAAGCUAAGGGUAGCUUUGUGUUGACUGCUUCACCUCAUGGGGACUCUGUUGAAAGUAGUGGCAUACCAGGGGCCCCAACUACCUGUGAACCAAAUAGUGCUGAUAAUCUUUUACUCUUGCGUGUUGCUAAUGAACUACCUGGAGGGGAAAGGAACUCGAGACGACCUAGUUCGAAAGCUACUGUUGCUCCAUCUGAACAAUCAUCGCAGUUGGAUGGUAGUCAAAAUAACAAGGAAACAGAGGAUUCUGCUAUUUUUCGCCCUUAUUGUAGAAGACACCGAUCUAAGUCAAAUAGAGAUGGUGGUAGAUCUAGUUCAUCCGAUAUAGACAGAAGUCACGGUGGUAAUACAUUGUCAUCAGCUGCUCGUCAGGAAUCACGGGAAUUAAAGGGAACGGUACCUGGAAUGUGCAAUGAAAAGAAUCAGACUCGUUCUAAUCCAAAGUCCUUCAGUUCAAAUGGUGAUAGCAUUUUAAAAAUGGUAACUGAUGAUGGUCGAUUGGAUAUGGAAUUGAAUGGCACUCGUGAUCCUGAUACAAUUACGGCCACAAUGAAUGGCAAUCCCCCUGACAGUGAGUUUGACAAUUCAGCUUUGAGAUGCCCAAAGGAAAGUUUGCACCAUCAGCCAUGUCAAGUCAUAGCUGAACAAGCUCGUAAAGGAGUGGUGUCCCAGGGACCUGAUGUUGUUCGGGAAAAAAGAGAGUUGGUACCAGACGUUGUUGAACACCCAACUUCUGUGGCUGCUACCAGAAUUGAAAGUGAAAGUACGUCUGCUGGUGUACAUGGAUAUGAUGAAUUGACAAAAAAUGGUAAAAUGCCUAAUGGAGGUCAAAAUGGAAAUGUAAUAUUAGGGACAAAGCAGUUAGAUUUGGUGUCUUCUUCCAAAAAAAGUAGACUAGGUUUAGAUGUAAAUAUGGAUAUUGAUAUGUUUAAUAAUUCAAGGAAAGUUGAUUCAAAGAGAAAUUCUAUCAAACAGUUACCAAGUUCUGAUCAAACAUCAUAUCAAAUUGGUAAUGAAGGGAUGUUGGAAAAUGAAGUCGUGGCUUUAGAUAAUACUCUUGUUCCUCAUGACCACCACAAUGUUAGACAUCAGAACGCCUCUAGCAGUGGUUCUUUCUCUAGAGAUGGAAUAGACAUUCGUACUAGUAGACCCAAUAUUGUAUCUGAUGCUAAGGAGGUGGAACAGAGUGGCAAAAAUGGACUGGGAAUUGAUGAAAAGAAGAGUACUGUUUUGGGUGAAGAUUCUAAAGAAUGCAAGGAGAAACUCAUCUCAGAACAAACUGAAGUCCCUCUGGGCUUGUCCAAAAAUGAGAUUCGUGAGGAUACUGUGUCUGGAAGGAAUUCAUCUGCUUUAUUUGAUGUUCAGAGUUUUUCUGGUCGUGAGUUGAAUCAGGCAGGCAAGGCUUUUGAAGAUUCUAUCCUGGAAGAGGCAAGGAUAAUUGAGGCUAAGCAUAAGCGGAUUGCAGAACUGUCUGUUUAUACACAAAAGUUAGAGAGUCGGCGAAAAUCUCACUGGGAUUUUGUGCUAGAAGAAAUGGCAUGGUUGGCUAAUGAUUUUAUGCAGGAACGUCUUUGGAAGACAACUGCAGCUAGUCAACUAUGUCACCGUGCAGCUUUUGCUGCUCGAUUGAGAAAUGAAAAACAGAAGAAGUUUGGGAAGAUAAAAGAAGUUUCCCAGUCCUUGGCGAAGGCUGUCAUGCAGUUCUGGCACUCUGUUGAGGAGCCAAGCCAAGAGUUGGAGCUGCAACACCAAAAGAAUAGGAUCUCUACAUCUCUGAAGGAAUAUGCUGGGCGGUUUCUAAAAUGCAACAGUUUUGUUUGCCCUCAGCAUGCAGAAGCACCAAAAACCCCUGACAGGACAUCUGACUCAUGGCACCUUGAAAUGCCAUCGGAGGAAAACCUGAAAGAGGCAUGGACUGUAAGCCUUUUUUAUACAAUUCCAAUUGGUGCGAUGGAUACAUAUAGAAGAUCUAUUGAAGCCCUUCUGUCGCAGUGCGAGAAAAUUGGUAGCUGCACGAAGGAUGAAGUUGAGACUUCAUUAUAUGAUACUUUAGCAGAUGAUGCAUUUGAUGAUGACGGCGAAGCAUGCAUGCAUUUUGAAAGUAGCAAGUCAUCCAAAUAUGUGCAGAAGAAAAAAAAGCACUUCAUUAAAUCAUACACUGGGAGACAGUAUGAAAUGGGAACUGAUUUGCCAUACGGACGCGGUGCAAAUGGGACUCAACAGUCUAUGUUAAUAGGAAAACGGCCUGCUAGUCUUAUUGUCGGUUCAAUACCAACAAAAAGAGUGCGUACUGCUUCAAGGCAAAGGGUUAUAAGUCCAUUUAGUGGUGGAGCUUCCAUGGCUUUGCAUGGUCAAGCUAAGACAGAUGCUUCAAGUGGUGACACCAAUUCUUUCCAGGAUGAUCAAAGUACUUUACGUGGUGGAUCUCAACUCCAAAAAAGUAUGGAAGUUGAGUCAGUUGGGGAUGUGCAAUAUGAUUCUGCAGAAACAUCAGUAAAAUAUAAGAAGAAGAAGAAGGCAAAGCAUCUGGGCUCCAUGUAUGACCGCAGAUGGCAGUUAGACUCUACCGUUUUUAGUGAACCGAGGGAUAAUUCCAAGAAGAGACUGGAUAAUCAUCAUUUUGAAUCUAAUGCAACUAGUGGAUUACAUGGGCAACAUAAUGCCAAGAAGCCAAAGUUAAUGAAACAAUCACUUGAUAACACCUUUGACAAUAUAAAUCCAGUGUCUGGAUCCAUACCUUCUCCCGUUACAUCCCAAGUCUGUAAUAUGCCAAACACUAAUAGAAUCAUUAGAUUGAUUGGUGGCCGGGAUAGGAGUCGAAAGGCUAAAGCAGUAAAGAUGUCUGAUGCACAGUCAGGUUCUGGAAGUCCAUGGUCACUAUUUGAAGAUCAGGCACUUGUUGUGCUUGUACACGAUUUGGGUCCAAACUGGGAACUUGUUAGUGAUGCGAUUAACAGCACGCUACAGUUGAAGUGUAUAUAUCGCAAGCCUAAAGAAUGUAAGGAGCGUCACAAGUUUGUGAUGGAUAAGACCUCUGGAGAUGGGGCUGAUAGUGGAGAAGAUUCAGGCUCAUCUCAGCCCUAUCCAUCUACAUUGCCCGGCAUUCCGAAGGGAAGCGCAAGACAAUUGUUUCAACUUUUACAGGAACCCAUGGAAGAGGACACUCUGAAGUCGCAUUUUGAAAAAAUCUUUAAGAUUGGGCAAAAGCAACAUUGUCGAAGAAGUCAGGAACCUAAGCAAAUAGUACAACCCCACGGUUCUCAUGCUGUAGCCCUUUCUCAGGCUUUCCCGAACAACCUGAAUGGACUGAUUUUAACGCCACUUGACCUAUGUGAUGAGGCGACAAGCAGUCCAGAUGUUCUUCCAGUUGGUUAUCAGAGCCCCCAUGCCAGUGGAAUGUCUAUGGCAAAUCAGGGUGCCGUAGCAUUAGUUCUUCCUAACUCGGGGGUGAAGGUUUCCUUACAAGGGUCUUCUGCAAUGGUUCAAGGAACUAGCUUAACCACUGCUUCUGGUUCACUCAAAAACAUCAGGGAUGGUAGAUAUAGUGUUCCAAGGACAUCAUUGCAGGUGGACGAGCAAAAAAGAAUUCAACAACAUAGUCAAAUGCCGUCUGGAAAAAAUGCUCAGCAACCUCACUCAUCUGUAUCUCUGAAUCAUCCAGGAAAUGAGCGUGGGGUGAGAAUGUUAUCUGGUGCAAAUGGUUUGGGCAUGAUGUGUACAACGAACCGUUGCAUGCCUGUGUCAAGGCCAGGAUUCCAAGGACUUACCUCAUCAUCACCUGUGUUAAAUUCUGGAAGUUCUUCCAGUACUGUAGGGAUGUCAGUUCCUGCAAAUAUACACACUGUUGCUGGUUCUGGCCAAGGGAAUUCAAUGUUGAAAUCUCGUGAGACGUUGCAUGUAAUGCGGGCUGGCCAAAACACAGAGAAUCAAAGGCAGACGAUGGUUCCAGAACUUCAGAUGCAAGUCUCUGGGAACAACAACAGACCAUUAAAUGGUUCAGGUUCUGCCUUCCCAAAUCAGACACCACCACCACCACCACCACCAUCUAUGCCUUCAUAUCCAGGCCAUCUCCAGUCGCAGCAUCAAAUGGCGUCACAACAAUCUCAUGCUCAUAGCAGCUCUCAUCAUCCACAUCUUCAACCCCCAAAUCAUGCCAUAGGUCCACAGCAGCAGUAUGCAAUGAGGUUGGCCAAUGAAAGGAAGCUGCAACAACAGAGAUUCUUGCAGCAGCAACAACUGCAACAAAAACAGCAGCAAUUUUCUACAUCAGGUUCUCUAACACCACACAUUUCGCCACAGCCCCAACUUCCCAUGACUUCUUCAAAUAGCUCGCAGGUCCAUCUGCAAACUUCAUCGCAGCAGGUCUCUUUGCCUCCUAUAACCUCAUCCUCCCCAAUGACACCCACAUCAUCACAACAUCAAAUGAAGCAUCACCUCCCACCUCACGGAUUGAGCCGGAACCCCGGAGCCAGUGGGUUAAACAAUCAGGCGAUGAAGCAAAGGCAACAAUCUGCCAGGCAUCAUCCUCAACAGCGACAGCAGAGUCAGUCUCAACAGCAGGCUAAACUUAUGAAGGGAGUAGGAAGAGGAAGCAUGCUGAUGCAUCAAAAUCUCACGGUUGAUACUAAUCUUGUAAAUGGCCUUAAUGUACCUUCUGGUGAUCAACCCUCUGAAAAAGGGGAGCAGAUCAUGCUGUUGAUGCAAGGUCAAGGCUCAUAUUAUGGAUCUGGAGUAAACACAGUUCAACAGUCAAAACCAUUGGCUCCUCAGUCAUCAAGCCAUUCUCAGCUACAGAAAAAUCUUGUUUGUGCCUCUGGACCACCCUUAUCAAAACCAGUUAUUCAGAUGCAAGCUAAUUCCGAGAAAAGCUCUCAAGGCCAGGUUCCACCUGUUUCCUCUUGUCACACAUUGUCAGCUUCACAUCAGGAUGCUUCUGCAUCAAUAAUAUCUUCAAACCACCCUCCUUCACAACCACCUCAGAAGCAGCUGAAUCAAACACAAACAAGUUUUGAGAAGUCCCUUCAGCAGAGUUCUCAAGGUAUCUCUGAUCUGAGAAUGAAGGCUCAGACUGAUCUAGCUCAAGCUGACCAGCAGACACGUAAACAAGCUUCUCAGGUAGGUACGGAUAAAGCAAUGCCUCAAACAUCUGCCACUGCAACUGAUACCACACCAAUUACUUCUGUUUCUUCUCAGUGGAAACCAUCUGAACCUGUGUGUGAUUCUGAUGUGCUGAAGUCAAAAUCUCAGUUGGGUUUGAUUGGUAGUUCACCUCUUACAAACUUUUCUGGGGGUGAGCCAUUACCUAACAACCUGGGAGUAGGCCCUAGGCAGUCCUCUCGUGCCUUGCCUUCUCAUGGGCAUAAUGCUGGGCUACAGUGGCCACAGCAAGUUCCAUUGCAGCAACCUCCAAAUCGAUUUGCCCCUUCCCAGCAGCAAGAAAAGCAGCAAGAGGCCUCGUUAUCCCAACAUCAUCAACCUCUGCAACAGCAAGCUCAUCAUCAAUCACAGCACAAGCAAGCCGAGCAAGCUAGUUUGUAUUUGAAGCCUGAAAAUGCUAAUAUGGAAUGAAGCAAUCUGGUGAUAGAAUAGUGCCGAGUCAUUUGUCCGGCUGGGGUUUGGUCAGCAUGCAUUCUGUAAAGGCAGCGUACAGAUGAAGCUGGUUAAUUAUUCACGAUUGAGGGCUUCGCUAGAGAGGAAGUGGUGGAACACGUUCUACUUCACAGAUUGAAGUUUUCAUAUGGGAUAAAUUGUUCUCUAUUCAUGAGACCCAUCCCUAGUGCAGUUCAGGCGAUGUCCCUUGCCCUUCCCUUCUCGUUUCCUCAAGGUAAAAUUGAAGAUGGGAAGGACGAUAUUGCUGCAUUGUGAUUUAUGUAUAUUACCACUGGCCUAGUUUUGGGAAGAUAGAGACAGAUGUAGAGGUACGUGUACAGGGUCUUAUCUUUCCUUUCUCAUAAUUCUCUAUUUUUCCGUUGUCUUGAGGCUCUUCAAGUCACCCGUCCUUUUAUUAGAGGGCCUCGUUCCUUUUGGAGUUGAUAGAUUAGUGCAUGUAUUGACAUUAAUAACCAUUAAGAGGGUAGAAAUCAUUUCCGAGGACAAAUGCCUCCUCGGAAAAUUUUGUGAAUAUUAGGUUUUUGGCGUCUGCAUUAUCAGUGCCUUCUAAACUAACCAUCCAUCAGUGCAUGUGCACCUGUAGAAGUAUUGUAUUAUGUAAUUGUGUACCCAAUUUUAUAAUGCAACAAGCUUCAGUAACUGA